AUGGCCUUCCCACGGCGCGGCUCCGGCUCCGGCUCCGACGGCAGCACCGAGGCCCUCAAGAGGGGCCCCCAGGGGCCCCCGGGGGCCCCGGGGGGCCCCUGCAGCGGCUGUUCAGCGAAGCAGAUAAGUACCUGCAGGAGGCCCCUGUGGCGCAGCAAGCAGCAGCAGCAACAGGACUCAGACCUUCUUUUCUUGUUGCUGUUGCUGCUGCUGUUCUGUUUAUAA